AGGAAGGGAAAGGCAAACAGUUCUCACCAGACGCACAACAGAUCACACAGACAAACGGAACAGAGCUGCGCCUGCAACAGAAAUCUGAGGAGGGAACCAGAGCAGAGGGAGGAAGGAGGAAAGUUCAAGUGUGACGGAGCAGAAAUCCAGUCCAGAAGAUUCCUGUUCAUCUCUGAAAGAAGGUCCAAGCGACUCCAUCGGGUUUUCCUCCACAACACAGCAGAGUCUCUGAAACACUGAUAACCGUCAUGUCUGCUGGCAGCAACCUGAGAUCUGCAGAUCAGUUCCUGUGCUCCGUCUGUCUGGACGUGUUCACUGAUCCAGUCAGCACACCGUGUGGACACAACUUCUGUAAAACCUGCAUCACUCAUUUCUGGGAUGAUAAUGUUCUCUACAAGUGUCCCAUGUGUAAAAAAAUGUUCAGUACAAGACCUGACCUGGAAGUCAACACCUUAUUGAGAGAGAUGGUUUCUGAGUUCAGACGUGAAGCUGAACAGAAAUCCAGCAGCAGCAGCUCAGAGCAACAAGCUGCAGAACCAGGAGAAGUUCCCUGUGACGUCUGCACUGGAACCAAACUGAAGGCCCUGAAGUCCUGCUUGGUGUGUCUGGCCUCUUACUGCGAGACUCACCUGGAGCCUCAUCUGACAAUGUCAGGUCUGAAAAGACAUCAGCUGGUGGAGCCUGUGGAGAACCUGGAGGACAGGAUUUGUACGAAGCACGAUAAACCUCUGGAGCUGUUCUGUAAGACCGACCAGACAUGUGUCUGCACGCUCUGCCCUGUUUUAGACCACAAGACUCAUGAGUUUGUUCCUCUGAGAGAAGAAUAUGAAGGAAAGAAGGCAGAUCUGCAGAAGACAGAGGCUGAGAUUCAGCAGAUGAUCCAGAAGAGACGACUGAAGAUUCAGGAGAUCAGAGCGUCUCUGAAGAUCAGUAACGAUGCUGCAGACAGAGAGAAAGCAGAAGGUGUUCAGGUCUUCACUGAUCUGAAGGAGUCUGUUGAGAGACGUCUGAAGGAGUUCAUGAAGGAGAUGGAAGACAAACAGAAAGCUGCAGAGAAACAGGCUGAAGACUUCAUCAAAGAUCUGGAACAGGAAAUCUGUGAGCUGAAGAAGAGGAGCUCUGAGGUGAAGCAGCUCUCACGCUCUGAAGAUCACCUCCACCUCCUCCAAAGAUUCUCAUCCCUGGAAGAUGCUCCGCCCACCAAGAACUGGACAGAGGUCAGAGUCCAUCCACCUUCAUAUGAGGGGACUGUGGUGAGAGCUGUGGACCAGCUGGAGAAGAACCUCAGAGAGAAGAUGGAGAAGCUGCUCGCUGAAGUUGAGCUGAGGAGGAUCCAGCAGUUUGAAGCUGACGUGACUCUUGAUCCUGAUACGGCAUAUCCUAAACUCAUCUUGUCUGGUGAUGGAAAACAAGUGUAUCAUGGUGAUGUGAAGAAGAAUCUUCCAGAUAAUCCAGAGAGAUUUUCUAUGUAUUCUAAUGUUUUAGGAAAACAAAGUUUCUCUUCAGGCAGAUUUUACUUUGAGGUUCAGGUUAAAGGAAAGACUGGCUGGGAUGUUGGAGUGGCCAGAGAGUCGGUCAAGAGGAAGGAAAAAAUCCCACUGAGACCUCAGGAUGGUUACUGGACUGUUUGGCUGAGAAAUGGAAACGAGUAUGCAGCUAAUGCUGGUCCUCAAGUCCGUCUCCAUCCCAGUUCUCCUCCUGAGAAGGUGGGGGUGUUUGUGGAUUAUGAGGAGGGUCUGGUCUCCUUUCAUGAUGUAGAUGCUGCAGCACUUCUCUACUCCUUUACCGGCUGCUCCUUCAGGGAGAAACUCCACCCGUUCUUCAGUCCUUGUUCCAAUCAUGGAGGUAAAAACUCUGCUCCUCUGAUCAUCUGUCCUGUCAAUCAAACUGUCUGAUCUUUGAUGUAAUAAAUCUUCAUCAACUCUGAAUGUUCAUGUGAAAUGAUUAAAGAUUCACUCUGAUUGAUGGAAACAAAUGUUCAAGUUCCCCCCAAAGUUCUUUAAUCUCAUUAAGUGGUCAUUUUGUUUGAUUGAUCAUAUUAUUGCAUUUGUAUGUUGUACUUUUACCUUUUACUUGUUUUUUUGUUCCUCCUCCUUUUAAAGGAACAUUUGAGAUUUUCCAGUCACUUUUUUCCCUGAACACUUUAAUCUGAGUUUGUCUCUGGUGUUACAGUCUUGAUUUUGAAAAGCUCCAUUCUAAGUUCCUUUUAAAGUCAGCGAGUGCUGGUUUGAUUUUCCAAGUGUAAUCAGAUUACAAUGCUGAUUCAUUCUGUUAGAUAGUUGGUCUUGCAGGAUUUAAAACCUGUAUAAAUAUCAACUAUUUUGACCAGAACUUGAAAAUAAAGAAAAUGAGUUGGUUAAUCAUGACAUCUGUGAGGCAGUUUAAUAUAUAUAUAUAGCUUGUUAGCUCCUAAUCAACUUUAAACACAGUAUCUAUGCUUAUAUCUCACAUUUCAUCUUGAAAACAUGAAGUCAGGACACGCUUCAGCCCUUUUGUGUGUGCCUGUGUUUACUGUAAAGUCGGUAAUACGUGUGCAUUUGAAAUGUUGGAGCAGCUCGCUCAGAGCCGCCCUGGACCCUAACGAGAGGUUUACCCAGAACCAAUGUCUGUCCAAUAUCCAACGUAAAACCAACUUCACUGCGGUGCUGCAGGGCUCAGGCUGAGGCUGCUGUAGGUCGAGCUGGUCACGUCAGAUCUUGUUUAGGCUACUGUUUUUCUUGUAUUAUUACAACUUUAUUAUCGUAAUAUUACGACUUUAUUAUCGUAAUAUUACGACUUUAUUCUCGCAACAAUAUGACUUUACUCUUGUAAUUUUACGACUUUAUUCUCAUAAUAUUACGACUUUAUU